UGGCAUGCCCCAGUGUGGACGUGAGUCACUCCGCGGAGCCCCUCGCAGCAGCAGCCGCCGCCGCCAGCCAGGCUCCCCCCACAUGCCGGCUCCCGGCCGCUCCGGGGCUCGGCUGCCCGCCCCGCCUGCCCGGCUCCCCGCCGCCUGCGGCUGAUGCUCGCUGUCCCCCAGCUGCCCCGAGCCCGCCCGUGUGGACCGUACAAAGCCAGCAGCCCGCGCCGCUGUCCGGGGACUGCCUUGCCCGGGAGGAGCCCGCGGCUACCAGGAAGGGACCAUGUACGUAGACCCGGAGGCUGCCGGCAAAGGAGUGCCCUCCCGCGAUGUCCUCCUGGUCUCAGCCAUCAUCACCGUCAGCCUUAGCGUCACCAUCGUCCUGUGCGGGAUCUGCCAGUGGUGCCAGCGCAAACUGGGUAAACGUUAUAAAAAUUCCCUGGAGACGGUGGGGACCCCGGAUUCCAGCCGAGGGCGCAGUGAAAAGAAAACCAUCAAUGAUCUAGACAGAGACUUUUGGAAUAACAAUGACAACACAGUGCAGCAGAAAUGGAGCUCCUACCCUCCCAAGGAGUUUAUACUAAACAUUUCACCUUACGCCCCAUACGGUGAUCCACGACUUUCCCUCAAUGGCUCUCUGCUGUCGGGCGCUAAGUUGGCCGCCUCUUCCGCUUCGGGGUUGGCGGGGGAGCGAGAAGGACGCCUGGGGGAGAAGCAGCAGCUCCGAGAGGACGGCAUGAAGAGCAGCCUGUCUGCCCACAGCGAGCCCAGCAAUGGGAAGGCGGGGAGAGGCCGAUGGCACACGGUGCAGAGCCACCUAGCAGCAGGGAAGCUCAGCCUAUCCAAUUUCGAGGACUCCACCAUGUCCACAGCCACUACCCUUGAGUAUAUCCCCACCUCAGCAGGAGACCUGAAAUGCCAGCGUCCCCGCACGCUGAUGCGCCAGCAGAGCCUCCAGCAGCCGCUUAGCCAGCACCAGAAAAGCAACCACAGCCAGCCCACCACCAGCCAGAGCCUGGGGCACCUACAGUCUCACACCAGCUCCUCUUCCAGCGGCGGCAACCCCCGGGGCCGGAGCAGCCAGUCGCGGCAAGGGGUCUCGGCUGGUUCCAAGCACCGGACGGCUGGCGGCCGAAGCCGCUCCAACCCCGGGAGCUGGGACCACGUGGUGGGGCAGAUUCGCAACCGAGGCUUGGACGUGAAGUCCUUCCUGGAAGGCCGGAUGGUGGUGUUAUCCCUGGUUCUGGGACUCUCGGAACAGGACGACUUUGCCAAUAUACCCGAUCUGCAAACCGCUGGGAACCAGCAGGCGCAGAACUCUCAGGGGGACAAGAGGUUGCCAUCUGGAGGCAAGAUGGUGAACACAGCCCCUAUGCCCGGGCAGACCCAGCAUGACGAGUCUGACCGCAAAACAGAGCCUCGCUCGUCCGUCUCGGACCUGGUGAACUCCCUGACCAGUGAGAUGCUAAUGCUCUCCCCAGGCUCUGAGGAUGAUGAGGGACACGACAGCUCCAGCAGGGAGAACCUCGGCCGAAUCCAAUUCAGCGUCGGCUACAACUUCCAGGAAUCCACCCUGACUGUCAAGAUCAUGAAGGCUCAGGAGCUGCCAGCCAAGGACUUCAGUGGCACCAGUGACCCUUUCGUCAAGAUCUACCUGCUGCCGGAUAAAAAGAACAAGCUGGAGACCAAAGUGAAGAGGAAGAACUUGAAUCCGCACUGGAACGAGACCUUCCUCUUUGAAGGUUUCCCAUACGAGAAGGUGGUGCAGCGGGUGCUGUAUCUCCAGGUUCUGGACUAUGACCGCUUCAGUCGCAAUGACCCCAUCGGAGAGGUGUCCAUUCCACUCAACAAGUUGGACCUGACCCAGAUGCAGACAUUCUGGAAGGAGCUGAAACCCUGCAGCGAUGGAAGUGGAAGUCGGGGAGAACUUCUCCUGUCCCUUUGCUACAACCCUUCUGGUAACUCCAUCAUUGUGAAUAUCAUCAAAGCACGGAAUCUGAAAGCCAUGGACAUCGGGGGAACGUCAGACCCUUACGUCAAGGUGUGGCUGAUGUACAAGGACAAGAGGGUGGAGAAGAAGAAGACGGUGGUAAUGAAGCGGUGCCUGAACCCAGUCUUCAACGAGUCCUUCAUCUUCGACAUCCCCACCGAGAAGCUGCGAGAGACGACCAUCAUCAUCACCGUCAUGGACAAGGACAGGCUGAGCCGGAAUGACGUCAUUGGCAAGAUUUACCUGUCCUGGAAGAGUGGCCCCGGCGAGGUGAAGCACUGGAAGGAUAUGAUCGCCCAUCCCCGGCAGGCCGUGGCACAGUGGCACCAGUUGAAGGCCUGAGCGGCAGCAGCUGAGAAUUCUGUCUGGCUUUCACCGCUCCAAGUAGACGUUUCUUGGCCAUGCUCUCACUACUUUAUGCACAACAGAGGCACCUGGGGUCCCCCUAGGGGACAAGCUUGGGGCUGACAAGGAGCUGAGGGUCUGAAGUUGGCGACGUUUCCAAACUCUGGGAAGCAGCGUUGGCCGCCCGCUGUGUCCACGGGGCACCCGGCACCAAUGGGAGCACCUUUAGUGCCCGACUUCCUGCUUUAACCUUUCCUCCUGACUCGUUACGCCGAGAGAGAGAUGCCAGCCCUCUAGGUGGGAAGGAGCCUCGGCGCUGGUUUGUUUUGGCCCUGGAGGUCGGGGAAGUGGUGUUGGCGCAACUGGCUCCAUGAGGUGGUGAGAGGAGGAGACACCUCCGCCACACAAGACUUCCUAUGAGUUCUUCCAGCCCAAGGCCUGUUGGGAGCGCUCCCCUGAGGAAGCCAGCAUCUCCUAGGGGGCGCGUGGGCCUAAAAGGGGGGCCGGCAAGGGGGACACGCCCUCGGUCUCCUUGAGGUCAUUUAUUUUUAAUUCAAUAAAACUUGUAAGAGUAAUAAGAAUAAUAUAAGUAAUAGCGGCUAGAAUCCCAUCCCGGCCAGGGCUGGGGGAAUCCGCGCCACUCCAACAGCCUCCUGUGCGUUUGCUGUGUGUGUGUAUAAGCGUGUUGUAAGUGUCACAUGUUUGCGUGCAGGCUGCUCACGUCUCGCUCGCUCUCUCUCUCUCUCUGCCCUGCCUGGGAGCAACCCCUGAUCCCACAGGAUGGUGAUGAUCCCAAUGCGGGAUGUGUUUUUUUUUAAUUGGCUGGUGCAUGGGGUUUGAAGGAAUUGAUGCCACAUGGGGAGUGGGGCCAGUCCAUGCUUGAUAGGGAGGGAGGUGGAAGGAGCUGCCCACCAGGCAGGGUCUCCCCUCAUGACCACUCUGUGGUAUAUGGGAUUGGAAGCCAUAACAGAUGGAUUGGUAGCCAAACUGGGCUCGGCUUUAGGGCUAAUGAAGCUUGACUGUAGUCACCGCCCUCUGGCUGGUGAGGGCCUCGUCCUGCUCGAACUGAGAGAGUUUCCCAAACCAGCUCCGAAACACUGCCUCACUCCCAGGCAUAUGGACCCCGAAACAGCCCACCCCUCCAGCACCCAUCCCCCAACCUCACCCGAGACACCCCACACCCUCCCCAUACACAGCCCACCCCUCCAGCACCCAUCCCCCAACCUGACCCGAGACACCCCACACCCUGCCCAUACUCAGCCCACCCCUCCAGCACCCAUCCCCCAACCUGACCCGAGACACCCCACACCCUGCCCAUACUCAGCCCACCCCUUCAGCACCCAGCCCCCAACCUGACCUAGGCCUCAGAGGUGCUGUCUGUGAAGGUCUCCCACUUGCUGUGGGGCUGGAUAUGCCCCCACCCCUUCUCCUCAAUCCAGUAGUGAUGCGGCCCCAUGAUGGGCUCUCCUGGGUGGGCUGAGGUCGCAGGCGGCUAUUUCAUGGUGGCCCAUUUGAGCCCAUUCCGGGUGCCUCACUGGGCCAUGUCCGCUGCAGUGGCUGACUGGGCCCCAGGGGUGCUCUGUUCCUCACCCCCACAGUUCUGGGCAUUGCUGCUCAUUUCCUGGCAGCGCGACACUGGGGCAAAGGGGCUGCACAUCGCCCACAAAUGGGCACAAAAUAACUAAUGUCGCCCAGAAGCCCCUGAGGAGCCUGCUAGGUGUCCAAGGACGCCAGAGCCCUGGGUGCUGGGGCAUGGGAAUGCUGCGGACACAUCCCACCCUGCCGCCCAUCAUUCCCCACAAGCAGGGGGCCAGACUGGCAUAGCUGUGAGCGCGCCAGUGCUGCUGCUACACCACUGCCUACACCGCCACCUGCAAGGAGCGGCUGGCACUGGCCUAGCCAGGAGCACCCCUUGGCCAGCACUCCCCAUAUGGCCCUGCCUGCUGCCCAGCACGUCACUCAGCCCCAGGGCUCUGACAUGCCCCGGUCCCUCCCCGGCCCCUUUGAAGGGACUGUGCCUUUCUAUUCCCAUCAGGCCUGAGCCUGGGGGGCAGGCGUGCUGAAUUAAGCAUUGGCCUCACUCAGCCAGCAAGGGACCCUGCUAGAGAGCUAGCUGGAAACUGCCCAACUGGGCUGCAAGCCAGGGCUGGUGCUGAGCCAUGGGACUAGGAGCCGCUGAACAGCCACUUACACUCAGGCAAGGGCAAGAAGCCCUCAUUUAAUUCCUGCAGCCCUUUGACUCGGCGCUGGCACAGGGAGGGGAGCCCGAGCCCUUGGCCUGCAGAGAGCAAACCAUAGGGCCUGCACAGCCGCAAAGCCCCCACCAGGGGGCACUGUAGGGCCAUAGGCAGAGCGGUGCUGGGGCUCUGGCUCCGGCUGAGCACCCUUGGAGUUACUGCCCGGGGGGCUGGCCAGGGAGCCCCACAGAGACUAGGUGCUUCCAGAGUUGCCCGUCCCCGAUCAGCGCAUGGGGCUGGUCCCUGAUUCCCCCGCUGGCAGAAACACAGCGCUCAGGCCCUGAACUAGACUCACGGCAGGAGGCCGGUACGUGCCAGCCCACUCACCCCAAUCCCUGGGCCUGCACAGCUGCCCCCUUGCUAUGCAUGGCCCUCUGGGACCCUCUUUCCAUGGCACCAUGGCUGCUCCUCUGCUGAGGCCUGGGCUCCUCACCAUUGUUCUGCAUCCCCACGUCAUCCGUUCCCCACUGAGCCACUCCUCUCACUGGGGCCCCAUACAAUGGUUCACCAUCUCCACACCACCACCACCCCAAAAAAGUCCGUCCCCCCCGAGCUCCUGUCACCAGUUCACUCAUUCCCAGCCCCCCCUCCCCCCAGCCCCCUAUCACACAGGGCUGCAGCACCCACUGCUGGGCGCUUGAAGGGACUCGUUCACUCUGCCUCCCCACACACACACCUUGCUCUGCCCACCAAGGGUGUGUUGAGUGCUUAGGCAGCUGGCUGGGUGGUGGAAUGGGUGCUGAGGCCACUGGGUGGGAGGGUGGCUGCUGGGUAGACUGAGCGGGGUAGAUGCAAGGGUGCUGUGAAUGAUAGAUGGGAGGAUGGAGGUCCUUGGGGGGGGGAGUGCCAAGACUGCUAGAUGGGGGAGGGGGGUUAAGGGGUGCAGACCUGAUAGAGGGAGAGGGUGUCAGGGAGGAUACUGGGAUUGAUAGGUGCCUGGGGUUGCUGCAGGGGCAGCUGGGUGGAUGAGUGAGUUAGGUACUGAGACCACUGGGUAGGCUGGUGCCUGGGGUGGCUACUGGGUGGGUGAAUGGUGUGAUAGGGUGGGUGCUGGGGUGUCUCGGUGCUAAGUGGAUGUUUAGGUAUCAGGGCGGGUACUAGGGCACCUAGGUGGGGGGAAAGCGGGGGGGGGUUCCAGGGGUGCAACCAGGUAUCAGGGUGCUCCCCUAAACCAAGGGAGCUCUGCAUUUAGUGGUGUCCAGGCUGCCUUGCUGCACUCUUGCCCGGCUGGAUGAUGGAGUCAUUUGGCAUGCUGCUCUGGGUGACGCCAACAUCUAUUCAGUUUCCCUUGUGAUGUUCUAGAACCCUCAGAGCUGGGGUGGGGAGCAGGGAACACUGUGGCCAUUGUUGGGUGAGAUCAUUAAUGCCUACCUACCAGGCCAGCUGCAGCUCAUUAGCAGUCCUCACUAGGUCCGUGCACACGCUGUCCUCGCUUGACACUGUCUGCCUCACUGGUCUCGCUCUAAUCUACCCUUUUUUUAGCUGAGAUCACUGAAGAGAUUGUGAGAGGCCACCUUCGGUGUCAUGUAGAGUCCACGAGUUGCCUUGAUUCCUUUCAGUUUGUGGCAUGGAGGGCUGCACUAGCCUUGCUGCCUGAUGAGCUCCUAGUGGUGGACAAAGGUCAGGUAUUACCAUGUUCCUUGUAGAUCUGCCAGCAGCCUUUGGAGCUGAGGACCUUGAGAGCUGGUUGAGUCUAUUGAAGAUUAUAGCUAGGGCUGAUGAGAUGGCGCUUGCGUAGGUCUGCUCGGGGCAGAUGGUGUUGGGCAAUUGCUUUACUGACCCAAGGGCAUGUUUAUGUGUGGUACAUUGCAGUUCCAUCAGGUCCUAUUCAGUUUGUGUGUGAGGCCACCGGGGCAGAGGAGACUGAGACAUUACAGGCCACAGCAAUGUCAUUGUUAUGUCAGUGGCAGGUAGCGCACAGUCUCCAUUUCCUGGUCCAAUGAUGCUAGUAGGUUGGGUCCCAGCUAGAGUGUAUGGCAGGGGGUUAUUGAAAAGUUGUUUCCACCUUUUAUCAGUGCAAGUCCAAUUUGGAGGUGCUGUCAAAACUCCACCCCCCCCCCCCUGCAAUCUCAGGCAUCACUGGCAGCUUUUAGUCUUCUGCCUGUAGUCAGACAAUUGUGACCAUCUCACUUGGACCUUGACUGUUAUUCAGGCAUUGAUGGCCUCCAGACUGGAUUGCUGCAGUGCACUCUACAUUGGCAGUCCUUUGGAGAUAAUCUGGGUUGUAGCUCUGGUGCAAAACAGUGAAAAUGGUACACCUGUUCUUCCAGAGGCUACAGUAGAUUCCAAUGAGCUUCCAGGUGUGAUUCAAGGUGUCACUACUAACGUAUAAAUCCCAGCGUGGUUAGCUCCUCGCUACCUGUGUGACUACCUCCUUGGGUGCCACCUUGAUAAUUGAUGUCACUCUCAGUCUUAGGUCAUUCAUGAUCUUAAGUGUUUUAAGAUGUUAUGGGGCAGUCUUGGGGAAGGCUCUCAAAGCACGCAUUCACUUCUGCUUCCAUCCAGCCAAGAGAGACCAAGGCUCCUAACCUUGUGAGUGUGAUGUAAGGACCACCUACUCUCUCAGGCCUUCCGAGUGGGGUGACUGAUAGGCUCUGUACAGUAGUUAGCCUAUUUUUUAGGGCAUAAGAGUCUUUUAUUUGGUUGACAUAGUCAUUGUGUUAUGGUGUUUUUUCUACAUGAUGUGCAGGUGCCUAGAGACAUUUGUGAUAGGCACAUUUUUAUAAAAUUAACAAUAAACCCAUGACAGGAGGACGGAGGAAGGCCUACGGGUGAUGGGGGGAAGGGUUGGGAUCUCCUAGGAAGGGCUGGGUGGACUUUCGGUUCUUUCUUGUUCCCCCAUUUUGUGGCAUCACUUCUUCUCAGUUGAGCCAGUUCUUCAACGCCGAGGAAGUGCUGUUAGAUUUAUUUAUUGGUCUGUGGGAGCAGGGACCGUGGGGAAGAAAAGACCACUUAAAAACACACAGAGAGAGAGAGACGGUGAGACGGCAUUUAGCGAUCUGCACUCAUUAGGUGAAAUAGUUACGAAUUUACUACAGAAAUAAAAACCAAACUCGUAUUGAUGUGGGAGGGGCAACAGCGUCUUUUUAUUUUUGUGCCCCACCCAUGCAGCUCUCAGCCAAUCAGAUGCAAGGAAACAUUCCAGAGGGAUACUUUUUGCAAAGGGGGACUUUCGUGCCAAAGCAAACUUGAAAAUACGCAGCUUCCCGUGUCAGUAUUUGAGCUGAGCUAUGUUGACGGGAACGGUUUCUCGCCUGCAGCCCUUUCACUGCCUCUUCCUGAGCCUCCGGGAAAGUCAGAGCUAGAGCUAGUCCAACUAUGGUAUGAAUUAUCGUAAUCCAGAGCCCUGUUCUUUCUAAUAUACACUAUUUGUUAUUCAGCCAUAGCUCGGGUGACAGCAGUGGUUCACAACUGAAUCAACUCCUCAGUUAGUCAGCAUGUGUAACUGGUCAUCUAAAGCACAUGCUGGUGUUUCUGCUCCACUGAUUGCAUGAUGGGACCAUUCGUAACAAGAGAAAAAAAAUUAACCAACUUUCUGGUAUGAACUUUUGCACCAACCUGUGCUAAAAUUGUGACUAGGAUCCUGUAUGGUUGGCCACUGACCAAACACUGCCAAAUUACGAGUGCGACAACCCACAGGCAGUAGCAUGAACAGAAUUGGGCUCAUUUGGGCACGAAAAUAUUCAGGACUCAAGGGGCGUUUUACUAGUCCACCCACUCCUGUCAGAACAUUGCCUCUGUGGCUUCACAGGCUGUAGCCAUGGUUACAACUGCGAUGUCUCAACUUUGGCAUUGUGGCUCUUGCUGGACAGUGGAAGAAACAGAAGGGCAACGUGUGCAACCCCAACCAAUUUCCCUUGGGAAAGAGUAAACUUGUCACUUGUGGAGGUGUUAAGGUGAGGCCAGCCCUGGGGUCCUGUGGGUCUGUGAAGUGGAGCUGCCCUCCAAACUCCUGCUCCCUGGCGGCCUUCCACCCCCCACCCACCCCGCCCCCAGGCUGGGGUUUGGCUCCACAACUCCCAAAAUUCUCAGUGAAUCUGAUUCAGUUUUGACCCUCCCUAUGUGACCUCAGGCAAACUGCUGCACCUAAACGGGACUCUGUUUCUUCUUUGGUACAACAACAAUCCUCCUACUGCCAGCCCAGGCUGAAUUCAUGAAGUGCUGGGAGAUCCAGGCUAGCAAAGGGACAGGGGUAGCUAACAUCCCAGAAGUCCAGGUGCCCAUUCCUUCAUUGGCAGCCAUGUGACAAAUGUACACAGCUAAUGUCAUGUGGAGAUGUAAAGCCACAAAAGGAAUGUAUUUAUGCAUCAAAGUAAAGUUUUGCCUGCGAUGAAAGUCCCUCUUUAAAGUGCUGGACAGUCUUGACAGAAAUAAUCAUUUAAAGAAUAUUUGUAUUUUUUUCAUAUUCUCUCUUUUUUUUUGUAAUAAAAGAGACUUUAUAAGGAGGAGGGGAAGAUGAGCUGAACGGGUUUCAUGCCGCUGGUUAACAGCAAUGGUGGCACUGACUGGCUGAUAAUAAGCAGGGCAGUAAUGUGGAGGGGCAAUAUUUGCCAUUCAACUAAUUGGGAGGCGGCAUGUCUAAUGGUUAGUACAGAGGGGACAUGAAGCCAGGACUCCUGGGCUCUAUCCCUGACUUUGCCACUGACUCACUGUGUGACUGUGGGCGAGUCACUAAACCUCACCGUGCCUCAGUUUCCACACUUGUAAAAUGAGGCUAAUAAUACUUCUCUACCUUGCUGGGGGGUAGGUUGUGAGGCUUAAUCAACAAGAACCAGCUUUGGAUCCCCAUAGGAGCAUGGCGUUGUCACCCAAUGCCACAAGAAGCCCCACUGAUUUCAGUGGUAUUUUUUGUGGAGCAAGUUGCUUACUUAACACGAGUAAGAGGAGACAAAUCCGGCCUCUGAGUAAAGCACUUUGAGAUCCUUCGAUGAAAGGUGCUAGAGACAUGCAAAGUACUAUUUUCGUUAUUGACCAAAUGGCCUCUCUGCCCAUGUUCCCACUGGGUUAGCAGCCAGGGCUAACCCGCUUCCCUUCCCUUCCCCAGAAGUGGUUUCUUUUGUAUGGCUGGAUUUCCAGGAGUUGCGUGUUCCUUUUUAACUCUAGAGCUCUUUGCUGUAUCUUGUUCGGGUAGCUCUUCUUCAUGUGCUGAUAACCAUCGAACUGGUGUGUAAAAUACAGGAAAACGAAAAUACAUAAUGACUAAACUGUAGACUUCUUUGCUAGCAGCAACAGCAGCAGCUGGGCUAGACACUGCUGCUGCCUCAUUUCUAUUGUGUUUGGGUUGAAGAGAUGUUAAACUCAUGGCGUUGCCGUAAUUUUAUAACAGAAACAGAGAAAACAAACCAAAAAAAAUGAUAAAGGGAGACAAAUAACUCAACUACUAACUACUAAGCCAGCGUGAUUUCAUCAUCUCGGAUAUUUACGAGGUAGGAGCGUUUUCUUUUGAAGAACCAUAUUUUUGGAGACCUGGCCCCUCGUUUUGUGGAGGCGGCCUCUCUUCUGAAUAAUAAA